AUGGCUGAACCUCUAAUUCUAUCCGCUCCAAAGCCUGGUGAAACUCUCAUCAUGUACUUAGCAACCUCCGGCAUAGCCACAAGUGCCAUACUGAUCAGAGAAGAAGGAAGGAAUCAGUACCCAGUCUUCUACACAAGUAAGACAAUGAAAGAUGCUGAAACAAGGUAUAGCAAAGCAGAAAAGAUCAUACUAGCAUUGGUGCAUGCAAAGAGGAAGCUUCGGCACUAUUUUGAGUCUCAUAGCAUCGUAGUUUUAACCAACUACCCCAUGCGAGUUAUUCUUUCCAAGCCAGACUUGUCCGGAAGAAUAACUAAGUGGGCAAUCAAACUCAGUUCCUUUGACAUAUCUUAUGAGCCAAAGGUGUCACAUAAGGGCCAAACAUUGGCUGACUUCCUCCUUGAGUAUGAAGAUAAUCCCGAAGAGCCAGACCCUCCCGAACCACAAUGGGAGCUUCGAGUAGACGCCGAGUAUGAGGCCUUGCUCGCCGGGCUCCGGAUAGCAAACCAGCUCCAGGUGAUAGGCAAAUAUCAGCCCAAAAAAGAAAGAAUGAAGGCAUACAAGGAGGUUGUAGAGAGUGCUACAUGUGGAAUAGAUCAGAUCGAAUUCCACCAAGUACCUCUUGAGGAGAACUUCGAAGUAGAUCAACUGGCCACAGCGACAUCUUCCUCAGACGAAGAUUUGGUCCGGAUAGUGCCAAUAGAUAUCCUGGACGAACCUAGUAUAAGUCCUAGGCAGGAGAUAGUGGCGAUCCCAGAUAUUCCACGAGAACCAUGCUGGAUGGAUCCGCUGGAAGCUUACCUCAAGCAUGGGAUUCUUCGAACCAGAAAGCCGAGGCAAGGAAACUCAGUAGUAAAACAAAUUUAUGACGGAGAUUAUGGAAACCACUCCGGUGGCAGAUCCUUCGCACAUAAGGUUCUAACUCAAGGCUACUUCUGGCCAUACCUGGCUAGGAACGCUGAAGAGUAUGCCAGGAGAUGCGACAAGUGCCAACGACAUGGCCUAAUAAAGCAUCAGCCUGCUGAAGAUUUGUAUACAAUGGCAAAUCCAUAG